UGCUUUUAUACAAUUCUAAGCAAAUCAAACUUCCAACGGAGUGUAAACUCAUCUCCACAAGAAAUCAAGCGCAGUGAUAUCUGCAGACGCAACAUCUAUUCUGCGUGCUCGCCCAUCAUGUUUCGGCCGCAUCCAGAAGAAAACAUGCAUCUGCGGCUCCAUAGAGCCCGGUCUGUGGUGCUAACUUCUGACGAACUCGUCGAAAUCCGCGCCGCCCAACGAACCUUUGAGGGUGCCUACAUGCGAACCGCCCUCGGCCUCUUCUCCUUCUCCCUCGUCAUUCUCAAAGUCUUCACCGAGGAGUUCUACCCCAUCGGCGCCCUCUUCGCCGCCUUUGGCACCGCCAUCCUGCUCGUCUCCGUCUACCGCCGCUACCAGGGCAACCGCCAGUUCUUCGUCGCCGAGUCGGCAGAUGGCAUCUUUCACCGGAAAUUCCGGACCAGCGGCGACACUGUGGUCCUGUUGACCGUGCUGAGUCUUUGCGCCUAUGCCACGCUUUUGGCAUUGACGUGGGAACUUAAAGAUGCAUGAGCUAUCAUUAUGACAUCUAACUUUACUUUACUGGGUCGUUUGGUGAAAAAAAGGACUCGGUUAAAAUCUGCUUACCGCCCAUUGCUUACUGGCAUGGCUAUGAUAUCCCCCGCCCGCAAGAGUUGAUUUGAAUUUCGGUUGAAUGCCACAAUUCACGUAUCGUCUUUAUCUUACACUUCCUAACAUUUCUAGCGUUGUUUUGCUAUAUUUAGAUCGUUGGAUGAUUCUCAUCCAGGGCUUGUUCGGAGUCACACAGACGCAAUUUUCUUUUCUGUUUUGUCACUAGUCACUUCUUCUCACUAGGUUUAUCACUCGCACAUCUCCGGAAUCUCCUCCAAGUUACUUCCAAUACUAGAUUGGUAGCAUACUUUAGGUAUUUGCAUUGCAUCUGGCGUUAAAUUGUAUUAGCUGGGUUCAUCUUAGUGGACAAAUGGGUGAUCAUAUAGGGGGGCGUGUUGAUAGAGUUGCGUUUUAACAAGGCUUCUUUUUGGACCAAAGGCCACAGAUGAUACCCUCGGAUUGUCUAGUUUAAUUUUAGUCUUGAAGCUUACUUGAAAAACUCAUUUUUC